UCCCGGGAGCCAGCCUGGCAGUGGGAGGCCUCCCUCCUGCAGCCUCGUUCAUCCUGGCCCCUAACGUCCUGCUUCUGCCACACUGCUUCGUCAGGGGAACAGUCUCGGGGAAUCCCCUCCCCCCCUUUGCCUGCCGGGGGACACUAGUGCAGAAAGCCCCGGAUUGGAGCUCUGCAGCCUGCCGUGCGGGCAUCGCCCAGUGCCCUGCGACAGGAGCUGUCCUGUGCACCCAAGCCCUGGCCCAGCCUCUGGGAGGCCUUUCGCUCGGCGGAACCGGUAUGGUCGACCGCAAAUGGGAAGCUACACGCCCAGCCCCGUCCCAGUCUGGCAGCAGAGCCUGGUGUUGGCAAACAACCCACGGACCUGGCAGAAAAGGCUCGCGAAGCCCCGGGCCAAUGAGGCUUGCAAGGGGCUCAGCUGGAUCUCCUUGAAAGCUCUGCCUAGGGCAGGUGGGUGCUGCCAGGGCGACGCAAAGCAAGCAAGCAGCGCUGCCAGCGCUUCCUUCCCCAAAGAGGGAGGAGGCUGGGGGUGUGUCUGCCGCUCCUUGGAUUCAGGUGGAUGCCAAUCAGCAACCUUGUGCAGCUGGCACCAGGAGGAACCAGGAAGCAGCUGGCUGCGGGGAGGUUGGCUGGAGACAAGCGCUCAGAGAAGGCCCCAGUUCAGAGCACCGGAGAACCCGAAAAGGAACCAAAAAUGGGCUCGGAAGGCCAGAACUUGGGAGAGGAACUGAACAACCAGCUCAACGACGCCCUGAGCAGACUAGCAAGCAAACAGAUGUUCCAGUCGGACUGGGACAUUGCUGCCUUUGCCAUCUUCUUCAUCUUCAUUGGGACUGUGCUCCUGCUGGUUCUCCUGGCUCUGAUCCGCUGCUGCUGCUGCUGCGACUGUGACUCUGGGGGGUUGCACAAGCAGGUCCCCAGAAAGAAAGUGGGCAUUGAUAACAAGGCCAUGGAGCCGUAGCCCCGCCUCCUCCCUUGGACAGACAGAUUCUGGAGCCAAUGGGAACAAAGACUCUUCUUUGCUCGCUUCUUUCUGCUGCCCCGCAAUCAAGGGCAGCUCGGACUCUCUAAAUCUCGAGCGCUGGCCUCAUGCAGCUGUGCGCCCCUGGCUCCAGCACUGGUCCCCCCCCUCCCCUGCACCAAGGAUCAAAAGGAAUUCCUGUGCCGCUGAAUCAGAGAGCGGCCCCAGCCGCCCCUUUGGGCCAUUAGGGCCUCAGGGGGCAGCAGCUGUUGCUCCGCAGCCCAGGGGCAGGGAUUCAAGGCCGUUCCUGGCAGGAGGGAUCUCAGCUAGAUGGGCCCUCGGGCCAGUCCUGGAAGGCAGCUCCCGGGGAGGUUGUCCCUAUUACAGCAGGGCCCCCCAGGCACGCUUCCGGGGCUCUGAAAACAUCCCUGGCUUUGUCCCUCCUGGAGCCCAUCAGCUGACCCUCCAGUCUGGGAAGGAACAAAUCCCUGGCCGGAACCAACCACGGAAGCAAAACGCCCAGAGCUCGGUCCUGCUUUGCUGGAGGCAGAGGAGGCGAAUGCCUUGGCAGCCUUUCCCUCUGGAGCCCCCAUUCACACAGCCACGGGGGGCCUUCUGGCUGCAGCCCAGGGCCUGAACUGCUGCCUGCAGUCCCCAAAAGCUGAGGGAGCUGCCCGUCUCACCAGCUGCAUGUGUGCGCAGAGAACAGGCUCAGGGAGGAAGCGUGCUCCGUCCAACGUGCUCUGUCUCUAGGGGUCCAGUAGGAAGGAAGGCAGAGCUGAACUAGGGUAGUGCUGGUGCCGGCCUGGUGCCUGGACCGCACCACUCGCUGUCUCACCCCAUUCCCAGACAGCGCUAGCAGGCCUUAGUUCAGGAAACUCAGAAAAAUCCAGAAGAGUCAUUUCUUCCCUGCGUGGCUGGGUUUGCGUAGGGCUCGGUGGAUGCAGUGCAUGGUCGCUGGCCUUCUGCCAAGUCCUAAGGAGCCAGUGACCCCGUCCUGCUCUGAGCCAUUGCCACACCCGCUGCCUUGUGCCACGGUUAAGGGAGGGAUCGGAGAACUCACCCCGUCCAUCUCCCUCAGGGCUGGGCUAAGUCAGUCUCCCCAGCCCUGGACUGAGACACUGCCCCACAGCAGGACAUGGCCAGGAACGAGUAACUCGGCCAGGGGCUGGGAAGCCCCUGCAGGGGAAGUGGGCCGAGCAUGCCCGCUCUGAACCACGGUCCCUCAGCACACGGCCUCUGCCACCCCCAGCCCCACUCCCUCCCCUCUCCAGCACUUGGGCAUAUUCUGAGCCUGGCAUUCGGAAAGAGGCCUUCUGGAGCCACUGGACUAAGUUUUGACAGGAGCUGGCCUGGCCAGGCAAAGGGAAGCUAGUCACAAGGACAGCCUUGCUCUGGGAGAGCGGAUUGGGACGCCUCCGUGAGGCCCUCCAAACGAGCAGUGGCCAGAGAGCACCUGGUACUACAAAGGCCUGUGGUUCUGUUCAGUCUGGGCUUGUUCUCCCUCCUCAGGGUAGAGUCUUUAUCUGCCCCCCUGUCCUGUGAACACCCCAGCGGAGCCUAGACCUCGGCACAGCUGUGGGGUUGCACUGCCUCAGGAGCGGGUCUAAGAGCAACCCAUUCCGCUUUCCCCAGCCCCGGUAGCACUCGGUUUAGCGGAAGUGAGGGACACCCACAGCCGAAUGGCCUCUGCUCUCUUUGGGCUCAGUCCUGGGAGAUCACGGACUUCAGCGGCAUCUGGCACUGCCCACUUCCGCCCAGCAGGUUUGCGCCGAUGCCCAGCUAGCAGCAGGGUGUUCUGGAAAGAUUCAUCCAUUUCAGCAGCUCUGCUGGCUGCUGCUCCGCUCCCUCACUGCAGGCGGUGCACUGUAGCCCUGUGUGCGCAUUAGAGUGCCACACCCUUCCCACUGGGCAGCUGCUCCUGUGCUUGGGACGGCCUCUCCCCUCCGCCCCCAGCUCUUCCCUAGCUAGAGCCCGUGGAUCUGAAGGGAGGGCAGUGGGGUCAAUUUAAUUAACAUGCCAGCCAAUGUCCUUAAGGUUUCUCGCUGCCUUGCGCCAUCCGGGCGCUAUGUCCAGGAAACUUUCUAAUUUCAUUUCUGAAUCCAGGAAGAAUUACUCGUGAUUCUAAAUAAAAAGCAUGUGCUGGA